ACCUAUGGGUAAGUGUAGGUAUAUAUGCAGCGUUAAAAAUAAGGUUAUGUUGCAUUAUUUACAUUCUUUAUCGCCUGCUUCUGCUAUACUAAGUACUCAAGUACUCUCGGUUAAAUGACCAAGUAAUGCAAUUUUAAAUCAAGUUUCGAUUCUGACAUGUUAAAAAGCAUACUUUCAAUGCAUGGAAAAUGCAAAUUAAUCUUAAGAGUAAUCGCGUUUCGUAAUUUAAGCGAAACAAAAUAUCAGGAAUCUUUUCAGUGUAGAAUAAUAGAUUAUUUUGAAAGUAUAUGGAAUGCACAAAAAUUUAAUCAGCAAUUUGAAGUAUCGUCGCAAAUAAAAGAAAAAUUUUGCGACGCUAGUGCUACAAUAGAAAAAUAUGAAUCUCUUGACAAAUACUUGAAGCAACUGUUAAAUACAAGAGAUUUGAAUAUCAAUGAAAACUCGAUAGAUUAUCUUGAUAUGCAAUGCUCUUCAUUAGUACAUUUCCUAAGACACUCAGAAGUUUUAAGUUUAUUAAAUGCCUUUUUAAAAGUCGCUCCAUACAGAUUUAAAAUGACCGAUUCUUAUAACAAAUCAAUGCCUAUUCUACUUGAGGCUGUGGGAAACGAACUAUUAAAUAAUCAUCAAUUGGUUCAAGUUUUAUUUUUUCUAUCUUUAAAUAAGGACAAAAGUGCCAGUUCUGUUAGUUAUUUAAAAUCGCACUUGACAAACCUAAAAGACUUACCUUUAAUUGAAAAAUGCAUUGUUGCUCAAGCCUUUUACAAAUCAUCUGUUAAGCUUGAACAGUACCAGUCUAAGAUUUUUGAGCAAGUUUUAGAAAAAGAGUAUAAUCAUUUGAUUGCUGAUCAAAUUUUACUUGUAUCGCUCUGCAAAGCUAUUCGAAUAAGUGGUGCAAGUGAUGAAUUGAACCUAAAAAAAUUAAGCCAAGCUAUAAUUCAUUCAAAAAUACCAUUUACUUUCACAACUAUUGUUCAUGUGUUAGGUUUAUAUGCGGAAGCUCUUAUACUGGAACCAAAAGCAAUAAAUCGAUUAGUAAAGGAUUCCAUAGAAAUUAUUAAACAAGAUGGCAUAAAAUGUAGUAUAAGAUUAAAAGAUUUGGAUAGAUUUUUGUGGAGUAUAAGUCAUUUGGGUUUAACACUAACCUUAAACCAAAAAUCAGUUUUGCAAAUGUAUUUUGAACAAAGGAUAAACGAGUAUAAAAUUAAAGUAAAUUUGGGUAUUCUGGUAAAUAGUGUUUUAUGCUUGCAUAUGCUACAGUGCUGGAAUAAAAAGGUAAUUAAAAACUUGUUAGAGGAAAAUAUUUUCAUGCCAGUGUUUUAUGAGAAAUAUCAUUGGAAGAUAAGAUCCCGCUUGCAGCUACUUAUAAGUCUAAUUAUCAUUGAAAUGAAAUUAGUUGUACCACAUAAUUUGAAAAAGCAAAUAAAAAUUUCCUCUAAUCCAUCCAAAUAUAUAAAUGCAGUAGCAGAAAUUGCAUCAUCAUUAGUUGAACAAGGAAUGAUAAGAAAUGUUGUCAUAGAAUGUCCAAUAAGAACUCUACAAAUUCCAGGAGUCACUUUAAUUACUGAUAAAAACAUUUAUCAUAUUGAUGUACUGGACAAUUUAACGUGUUUCCGAAAUACCAACAUACCCCAUGGCUUGAUGAAAUUAAAAAUACGGCUUCUUUCUAGACUAAAAUAUCGACAAAUUGCUAUAAGCAAUAGGAUGUUCAAGGAUUCUGAAGCAUUGCAUACUGCAAUUGAGCUGCUAAUUAUAAACAGUAUAAGUGAGAACAAAACGUAAGAAUAAGUUUUAAAAUACCUUGAACCAUGUGAAUAGAAUUAUGUAAAUAAGAACAUCUGUACCUGUGUUUAAUUACAGAGUGUAAAAUGUAAAAUAUUUCCUAUUUUUAAUACAUAAAAAAUAUAAAAAUUCCUAGUUUCUAAAA